AUGGCGUACAAAUUGGAUAAUUUGGAUUUGCGCAAGUCUGUCGCAAACUGCUUUGGCGAACUAAGUACAAACGAAAUUUUGCGUGUUUUUAAAAAUAAACCAAUAUCCCGCCGAACCAUUUAUAGUGUUUUAAAGGACUGCCGUGAAGGUAAGGAGCCGGAAAAUAAAAAAAGAACUGGUUGCAAAUCAAAACUUAGUGGCAGUGCAACGAAAAGUCUGCUGUCAAGUGCCAAAAACAAGGUUGGACAGUCAACGCGGCGAUUAUCACGAAAAUUUGGUAUUUCAAAAUCAACUGUCCAUCGUAUUUUAAAGAAAAACAAUGUUUUUCAUCGUGAACGCAAGCAAGCACCAAAAUAUACACCGAGACAACUCGAAAUAAUACCAAAAUGUUGCCGUGCACUUCGUGACAAACACUUUGCAAACGCAAAAUUCAUCAUUUUGGAUGAUGAAUCAUACUUCACUUUUUCGCACCAUGAAUUGAGUGGAAAUGAUGGCUUUUACACUGACAACAUUGAAGCAACACCAGACAAUGUAAGAUAUGCCGGUAAGUCGAAAUUUGAGCCGAAGGUGUUGGUAUGGUUGGCCAUCUCAUCGAAAGGUGCUUCAAUGCCAGUUAUUCGACCACAAGGAGCCAAAGCGAUCAAUUCUGACAUUUAUAAUGAUCAAUGCUUGCCAAAAUUGAAGCGAUUCAUUGAAAACUACCACGCCCGGGACGAAAUAAUGUUUUGGCCGGAUCUUGCAAGCAGUCAUUAUGCGAAAAAAACAUUGGAUUGGCCCGCUUCGCAAAAUAUACCAUUUGUACCGAAGAAAGACAGCCCACCAAACAUUCCACAGGCACGUCCAAUCGAAGACUUCUGGUCGAAUCUCAAACGUAAGGUGUACGAGAAGGGCUGGGAAGCAAAAAACGAGCAACAAUUAGUUGGUAGGAUUAAGCGAAAGUUGAAUGAAAUCGACAAAUCGGUCUGCCAACGCAUGAUUUUGAAGGUUCGACACAUACUGCGAAAAAUCGAAGACAAUGGCCCGUUAAGUGUAAAAUGA